AUGAUCCCCUCCACUUUCCUCGCGCUCAUCAGCCUCGUCUCCGUCUCCCAAGCCGCCGCAACCAACAAAAUCCUCUCAUCCGACGAUGUCAUCGUCCUCAAAACCGAUGGCACUUCACAGAUCAUGAAGGCCGCUGACCUGGAGCGCCUCGAAACCGCCCCAGCUAUUGAGACUCGCAACAUUGCCAAGAAGGGCCUUCAGCGCCGCGACUGCGAGAAGAGCACUGAGAUCCAGGUCCUGUCCGAGAAGGAGUUUCUUAACUGGGAUGUGGCCAUGUCGCCUGUCAUCAGCAGCCUCGGCGGUGCAAAGGCCACUGUCAGUGUCACGUCUGGUUUCACCGUCGCAAACUCGCUCAAGGUCGGCGUUGGCUUCAGCAUCCCAUUGAUCAAGGACAUCCUCACUUCAUCGUUGAGUAUUGAUUACACGCAGACUUGGACGUCGAGCCAGCAGCAGUCGCUCUCAUUUGUGGUGCCCGACGAGCAUCACGGUAUUAUUGUCAGCCAGCCGUAUGUGCGACGCGUUCAGGGCCGUGUCAUUGAUGGCUGCACUGAUGAGCCUGACAAGUCUGAGUUCAUUUCUGAUUCUUACGAGAGCCAGUCGUACGGUGACCUCCAGUGGGUGAAGGGUAUCAUUCGUCUUUGCACUAGCAAGACUUAUCCUAUUCCUUACUGCAAUGGUGAGGGCAGCCACAAAUAA